AUGCACCUCCCUCCCCCCUUCUCGCGCUACCUCUCCUCCCUCCGCGCCCUCAAUCGCCGCCUGCAGGACCGCGCCGCCGAGGGCGAGCGCAAGAGCCUGGGCAGUCGCCUAGCCGAGGUCUUUCUGCGCACCUGGUACCUGGGCUUCACCUCGUUCGGAGGACCGCCCGUGCAUUUUCAGAUCUUCCACCAGAAAUUCGUCGAGGGGAGACACGGUCCAAAAUGGGUUGAUGAGCAGACAUACCAGGAACUCUUCGCCAUCUGUCAAGGCCUCCCCGGCCCAGGGAGCACCAAAAUGCUCUUUUGUCUGACCCUGUACCAUGCCGGGUUUAUUCCCGCGCUGUUCGUUUUUCUACUCUGGAGUCUCCCCGGCGCAAUUGGCAUGUACGCCCUAUCCAUUGGCGUGCGGAAUAUCGGCGAGACGCUGCCGGCGCCCACGUACGCCCUUCUCUCUGGCCUCAACGCCUCCACCGUCGGCAUCAUCGCCCUCGCCGCAGUCCAGCUGGCCGACAAGGCCAUCCGCGACCGGCUCACCCGCAUCCUCGUGAUUCUGGGUGCCUGUGCGGGCAUCUGCUAUAAUGCCCUCUGGUAUUUCCCCACGCUGAUGGUCAUCGGCGGGCUGGUCACCGUCGUCUGGGACGGGUAUCUCAGCCAGGCGCUGCGGCGCGCAAAGAACCGCUGGCGGAGGAGGAACCUGCGGGCGGAAGAUACUACCGAAGCCCAGCCGGGGUCUGAGAUAGAACUCCAAGCGACCUCGCGGGAGACUGCCAGCGUGCGAUCGCGCAAGACCGCCACCCAGGAGGCGCCUCCUUCCAGUACCCUCAGUCCGACACCCACCACCGACACCCCCGGCCAAGACCACAUCAUCCGUCUGCGGGUCGGCAUCGCCACCUGCAUUGUCUUUUUCGGUGUGUUACACCCUAUCUUUAUUCCCGUAGGCAAGCUAACCCCCUAG